GACCAUUUCAAGCAUCCUCAAAUGGAAGACCGUUGAUAAAAAGAUUUCGAAUGAAAAGAAAACGUCAGCGCCGCUUCCACCCACUACUUGAUCUCAAUGAAAAUCAAUUUCGGCUUAAAUACCGAUACACGAAGGAAAAUUUUCGUCGUAUUAUUGAAAUAGUCCGCGAUGAUUUGGAAAUCGAUUAUAAUAAGCCUCCGAACAGGAAUCAGGUGCCCAUAGAUCUACAAAUUUUAUCUGCAAUUCGGCUUUGGGGCGGGACUGAGCACCCCCAACUGACAGCAAUGGCUCAUGGCGUAAGUGUGGCCACUAUGAACAAAAUAACACGACGCGUUGCCUCGGUUUUAUCUUCAAAGGCCUCACGCUACAUUCGAAUGCCAGCAACAUUAUCCGAGAAGGAGUUAGUCAUCCGUUCCUUCCAGUCUUUAGCGAAUAUGCCCCAAGUGAUCGGUGCCCUUGAACAUGCUAGUGUACGUCUUCGCAUGGACUCACGGAUGAUUGACUUCGAAUCCUCUCAAAGUGGUUCGGAAUCGCCUACAGAAGAUAUUGUACAUUUACAGGUUAUAUGCGAUAGCACACAUAAAAUACGAGACUUGGAUAUGCGUUCAUCGUACGAACUAGAUUUAAAUACAGCAAAAGAAAUGUUCUCUCUCUCAAGAAUCAAGGAGCGAUUCGAGCAGAAUGAAUUUCGGGGGCGCAUAUUAUUGGGGAACGACAACGACUCCAAUUGCAACUUUUUACUAACUCCAGUGCAAUAUCCUCGCCAGCAGUCGGAGGAGCUUUACAAUCUUGCUCAUCACACUACUUUUGCCCCUGUACAGCUUGCAAUUAAUAAAUGGUUCAGUCGAUUUGCAAUAUUAGGAAGUGAACUAUGGGCAUCUUUUGGAUCGGCCAAACAGACGAUUACUGCCCUAGCGCUUUUACACAAUAUGGCCGUUGAGUGGAAUGAUCCCAGCAUAGAUAUAGAAACUAAUACGUGUCUUUAUAGACCACUUUUCCUAAAUUAUAUUCCCGAUUGCAACUACAAUACAACGUCGACGGAACAUCGUGUAAGAAAAGAAUUUAUUAAAUCAAAUUUUUCAUGCAAAAAUAAAUAGAUUACAAGUUUAAUUAUAUAUAAAUAAAGGAACUACUUCCAUUUGUAUGCAAAUAAAAUUUUACAUUAUGCUGAAAAACAA